AUGGCUGGUUGGUUCUCUUCAACGUCGCCUCUCGAUGAACAAAUCGAGCGGGCGACAGCUUCCUCACUGGAAGACAUUGCCCUCAACCUAGAAAUAUCGGACAUGCUUCGAUCGAAGAGCGUUCAACCCAAGGACGGAAUGAAGUCUUUGAAGCGUCGACUCGAGAAUAGAAAUCCAAACAUUCAGCUGGCCACACUGAAGUUGACGGAUACAUGUGUCAAGAAUGGAGGCACCCACUUUCUGGCUGAAAUCGCUUCCCGCGAAUUCAUGGACAACCUUGUCUCAUUACUCAAAUCCGAGGGCGCCCCGCUAAAUGACGACGUGCAGAAGAAGAUGUUGGAGCUUAUUCAGAAUUGGGCUAUGGCUGCACAGGGUCGGAUGGAUUUGAUGUAUCUGGGCGAGACAUAUCGCAAGCUGCAGAGCGAAGGUUACCGUUUCCCACCCAAGACCGAAAUGAGUGGCAGCAUGCUUGAGAGCAGCGCACCGCCAGAGUGGAUCGACUCCGAUGUUUGUAUGCGAUGCCGGACUGCCUUCAGUUUCAUGAAUCGCAAACACCACUGCCGCAACUGUGGCAAUGUUUUUGAUGCUCAAUGUUCUAGCAAACUCAUCCCAUUGCCACAUCUUGGAAUAUUGCAGCCGGUCAGAGUGGAUGAUGGCUGUCAUGCCAAACUAACCUCCAGGACAUUUGCGCCACCAGGUCUCAUGGAUCGAUCGGCAUUCAAGAACAACUCUAUCAGCAAGUCCAACACCAUGGAGCCCCGGGCCGCUAAAGCGGAUAUCGGGUUCGACGACGACUUGCGCCGUGCCUUACAAAUGAGUCUCGACGAAGCUGAGGGGAGAGGUUCUACCGGAUUUGUUGCCCAGACAAGCAACGCUCCAGAACCGACCAAAAUCCCUGUCGCUUCACAAAAUAUAGAAGAGGAAGACGCAGAUCUGAAGGCUGCAAUUGAAGCGUCCCUGCGAGACAUGGAACAACACAAGCAGCAACAUGCUGCCGCACUCAAAAAUGUUCCUGCCUCGAGCUCUGCGUUGCGUGAAUCCUCUAGCACGCCUACCCCAGUACCCAAGAAUCCUUAUGAACUUACGGCCGUCGAAAUUGAGAAUAUCCAUCUCUUUUCUACACUGGUCGAUAGGCUCCAACACCAACCUCCUGGAACAAUUCUCAGGGAACCACAAAUUCAGGAGUUAUAUGAGAGUAUUGGUGCACUUCGACCCAAGCUGGCUCGGAGUUAUGGCGAGACUAUGAGCAAGCACGAUACAUUACUGGAUUUACAUGCCAAGCUUUCCACUGUCGUUCGCUACUACGAUCGGAUGCUAGAAGAACGUCUCACCAAUGCUUAUUCUCACCACAACCUUGGCUAUGGAGCUGUUCCUGGAGCUGCUCAGUACCCCAACAUCCAGUCUGGGUUUCAUCAAGCUCCUGAUGUAAAAUCAGGAGCCGAGAACUUCUAUUAUGGAAACCAAAUAGACAGUGCCCGUCCGCUGACCACAAUGUACACACCGCAACCAAGUAAUGACGGAUUCCAAGGUCCACCCAGCACUGUCCAGAGCCAUGCAUAUCCACCGCAUGCUCAGCAUGGGGCCCCCACAAAUGAGUCCCACAAUCAAGCCUGGGGUACAAACCCAUAUCCAUCUCUCGGGUCACCCUCGCCCAGCAACGUCGUUCCUAAUCACCAUACUACUGCUUCGACCCCAAGUGCCCCUGGUCACUAUUAUGCUGGGCCUCAAGAUCCAAACUCAGCGAAAUCACCAGGCGUGGAAACUCCAUACCAGCCAUCACCAAUACUGCGCCGGGAUUCCCAACAUGAACCCAGUGCACUCCCAUCCGGCCCUCCCUCCGCGCCCGAACAAUUUUCAUAUGCGGGGUAUGCUCAGUCAUCUGGCUACCCUGUACCUUCUCCUGCGCCAGCACUUCACCAGCAAUCAAAUAGUCCUUCUGAUCAAUCGUACUACUAUCAGUCUCAACCUCAGCUUCAGCAACCUCCUCACGCCGUGUCAUCCGCUUACCCUCUGAUGAACGCCGGACAGCCGGGGACGUAUGCACCCGAGACUUCCGGUCAACCGCCUUAUCAACAACCACCUCGACCAGCAGUGGAGGAAAGCUUGAUUGAGCUGUAG